CGCAGAUGGAGGCAGUGCGCGCGCGGCUCCUUGGGCAGGAGGUGUCUGCAGAACCAUGUCAGCUCCCACACUCAUGUGAAGGAUACCUUUCGCUUUUAUUCCAUUUUUUUCUCACCCAAACAGUUGUGAAAAUGUACGCUGUAGUCUGUUACCGCAGGGAAAAGUUUCUCACCAGCCAAGCAUUGGACUUCUUAUGCGUGGACCUGAUCCAGGUUUUCGGCCAGGACUCAUGAGCCCCCUUCAGAGCCUCGGCUUUCUGGACUCUCCUCUCAGCCAAUAAUGUCUAUGGGGUUCAUGCCUGACACUCUGAAUGCCUCAGAUCCUUCCAAAUCGGCUUUUCUUGAGUUCGGCCACGGACAUCCGGCGCAUCAGCAGCACGCCUCCGGACUCUCCCACGUCUACCCGGUCCACGGCUUACACGCCGCAGGACAUUCCCAACACGAAGGUCCGUUUCCCGGCAGUGCGUCCUACGGCCGCUCUGUGGGAUACGCCUACCCCGGAGCGGUGAACGCUCAUCCCGCCUCUGCCUACAUGUCCUACCCGCACAGCAAUCACAGCACCGGCAGCCUGGCCCACGCCACGUUAGACAGCACAGACCGUGACAAGUCCACGGUGACUGAAAACAGGGAGAUUCGACUUAAUGGCAAAGGGAAGAAAAUCCGGAAGCCUCGGACUAUCUACUCCAGUCUGCAGCUGCAGGCUCUGCACCAGCGCUUCCAGCAGACCCAGUACCUGGCCUUACCGGAACGCGCCGACCUGGCAGCCAAACUGGGACUCACCCAGACUCAGGUGAAAAUAUGGUUUCAGAAUAAGCGCUCCAAGUAUAAAAAGAUCAUGAAACAUGGCAGCGGAUCAGAGGGAGAACAUCUCCACGGCACCCACUCCAUCUCCCCCUGUUCUCCCGGCUUACCACAACUUUGGGAGGUCUCUAUGGCGAACAAAGGCGCUCCAAUGCACCCAAACAAUUACAUGAACAGUUUUGGUCAUUGGUAUCCAAACCAUCAUCAUCAUCAUCAUCAGGACGCGAUGCCCAGGCCUCAGAUGAUGUGAGUGGAUGGUGUCGCUGUGUGAGGACCAGGUGGUAAAUCCACACACUGAACUCACAGUUCUCUCCACGGCUGAACUCCAAACUAAAAUGUGUGUUUGAUGGAACUUGUUCUUAUUCAUUUGUGUUUUGCGUGCGUUUUGUUUCAUACUAUUCUUGCCUGGGCAUCAAAUAUAUAUUUUUAAAAUUGUAAGGAUGAAUGAAGCAUUUUUACGACGUCUCACCUCAAUGAAAUGUGGACGUAAAGUGUGCAGUUUAAAGACUCUGGAUAAAGACAUUCUUAAAAAAAAAAAUAAAACGUGCCCCUGUUUCCUUUAUUAUCAAUUUGGUGAAAUGCUUUAACUUGUGAGGU